ACAGCCCUGCUGCAGCCGGAGGUCACAGUGAGUGUGAAGGUUGAGGGAGUGCCCUCAGAAGAGAUGCAGCCCACUUCAGCAUUGCAGGACCCUGGUGAUUCCUGGCCAGAGCAGUUACAGGCCCAUUGUGUAGACUGGCCUCUGGAGCAGUCUGGAGAGAGGGAAGCCCUGGGGUCUCAGGACAAGCCACCUCAUGUCUCCAAAGAGGAGCCCCUGCCCCACCAGGAGUCAGGUGCUGGGACCCUGAGGAGAGUUGAGCAGGAGCCUCCUGGAGAAGAGCCUGUAAUCCUGGAGCUGCAGAGGACGUGUGCAGGGAACCUGGAGGAGAGGGGCCCCCUGACCCCUGAGCCAGGCCAAGUGCAGAAGGGGCAGGGCAGGCCUCCAAAGCAGGCAGAGAACUUGGAGCUCCAGGAAGUGUUUGAGGAUGUGGCUGUGUAUUUCACACGGAAGGAGUGGGAGCUGCUGGAAGACAAAGACAAGGUGCUUUACCGGGACCAGAUGCUGAGGAAUUUCCAAGCCCUCGUUUCUCUGGGAUAUCAAGGUCCCACACCUGACUUAAUCUGCAGCAUCCAACAAGGACAGGUGGAGCUCUGGGUCUGUGAUGAUGAGGACUGUAGAUUGGAGGACCUUUUGCCAGGAGGUGCCUGGCUGCUGAGCAGAGCUGAGGAGCAGACUCCCGCAGACCUUGAGCCACCACAGACUUCCACAGGAAGUUUGGGUGAAAUGGACUUCCUGAGACCUGAGGAGGAUCAAUGGCACAAGAGUCAGGGGAGGCCCCAAAAACUGAAGGAGUAUGUAGCAGUGAACCAGGUACCAUCUCCAAUUGGGCAUGAGAGUGGAGAAGGGACAGAACCCAGAAAGAUCCGUAGGUGCAAGGAAGAAUUUGUGGAGCUCAGAGCCCUUAAGAGCCACUGGAAAGAGGUACUACAUCUAAGCCAAGGAAGUGAGGAGGGCCUCAGAGGGAAGCAGGAGCUCACUACCAAGUACAGGGGUAGAGUUGAGGAGAAGCCACGUCAGUGCUCAGAGUGUGGGAAGAGCUUCACUCGCUCCUCCACCAUGGCCCAGCACCAGCGUCUCCACAUGGGGCAAAAGCCGCAUCAGUGUUUGGAGUGUGGAAAAAGCUUCACUCAGUCCUCCAGUCUGGCUCAGCACCAGCUUCUCCACACGGGGGAGAAGCCACAUCAGUGUUCAGAGUGUGGGAAGAGCUUUGCUCAGUCCUCCAACCUGACUGAACACCAGCGUAUCCACACAGGGGAGAAGCCAUAUCAGUGUUCAGAAUGUGGGAAGAGCUUCACUCACUCCUCUAGCCUGACUCAGCACCAGCGUAUCCACACAGGGGAGAAGCCAUAUCAGUGUUCAGAAUGUGGGAAGAGCUUCACCCCUUCCUCUAGCCUGGCUCAGCACCAGCGUAUUCACACAGGGGAUAAGCCACAUCACUGUUCGGAGUGUGGGAAGAGCUUCACUUGCUCCUCCAGCCUGGCUCGACACCAGCAUCUCCACACGGGGGAGAAGCCGCAUCAAUGUUUGGAGUGUGGGAAGAACUUUACUCACUCCUCCAGCCUGGCUCAACACCAGCGUCUCCACACAGGGGAGAAUCCACAUCAGUGCUCAGAGUGUGGGAAGAGCUUCACUCGAUCCUCCAGCCUGGCUGAGCACCAGCAUCUCCACACAGGGGAGAAGCCACAUCAGUGCUUGGAGUGUGGGAAGAGCUUCACUCACUCCUCUGGCCUGGCUCACCACCAGCGUCUCCACACAGGGGAGAAGCCACAUCAGUGCUUGGAGUGUGGGAAGAGCUUCACUCACUCCUCCAGCCUGACUCGCCACCAGCAUAUCCACACGGGGGAGAAGCCAUGUGAGUGUUCGGAGUGUGGGAAGAGCUUCACUUGCUCUUCCAGCCUGACUCGGCACCAGUGUAUCCACACAGGGGAGAAGCCAUAUCAGUGUUCGGAGUGUGGGAAGAGCUUCACUCGCUCCUGCAGUCUGGCUCGGCACCAGCAUAUCCACAUGGGGGAGAAGCCUCAUCAGUGCUCAGAGUGUGGAAAGAGCUUCACCUGCUCCUCUCUGGCCCAGCACCAGCUCAUCCACAUGUCAGAGAAGCCACAUCAGUGCUUAUAGUGUGGGAAGUGCUUCCCCAACUCCUCCAAACUGGCUUAGCAAAAAUGCAUCCAUAUCCAGGACCAUCCAUAAUUUUGCCAGCGAUGAAGGAAGGGUUCAGGGACAUUUACCUGCUCAGCACCUACCAGUGGCUGCAUC